AUGUUGCACCACGAUAAUGCGCCAGCUCACACGUCGUUGCUUGUUCGUAAUUUUUUUGGCCAAAAACAACAUCAUAAUCAUGCCUCGGUCCUCUGCGACUUUUUCUUGUUCCCAAAACUGAAAAGAUCCAUGAAAGGACGGAGAUUUGCCACGAUUGAGGAGAUAAAAACCACAUCGCUGGAAGAGCUCAAAGCCAUAUCAAAAAGCGCAUAUCAGAAGUGCUUCGAGGAAUGGAAAAAGCGCUGGCACAAGUGUAUAAUAUCUGAGGGGGAUUACUUUGAAGGGGACAAAAUAGAUAGUGAUGAAUAA